AGCAGAUGGCUUUCUCAGGGAGGGGGCCACUCAGGCCACUCAGCAGAGCCCCCAGCAAAAGUGCACACAGGUGGGAGAUCCAAAGGAAGUCCUUUUCCCAUAGGACACAGCAGGGGAUUCAGCAGGGUCCUGGCUGGGUCCACAGCACAUGCUCACUUGCAAAGGGAUGGAUCCAGAAACAGGUCACCAUAUUAAGCGAUAAAAUCAAACCAAGGUCAAAACGACUGAAGUCCCACCAGUUGAACACAGGCAGCGCCAGCACUUCACUGAGGUGCUCAGACAAGCAAAGAAUAGAAUAGAAUAGAAUUUUUUAUUGGCCAAGUGUGAUUGGACACACAAGGAAUUUGUCUUGGUACAUAUGCUCUCAGUGUACAUAAAAGAAAAGAUACCUUCAUCAAGGUACAACACUUAUAACACUUAAUGACACAUAGGGUACAAAUUUAACACUUAAUAAUACAACACCUAAUUAUACUCAUAGGCUACAAAUAAACAAUCAGGAAACAAUCAAAAUGGGCCACUAAGACUGAACUGGCCCAGAGGGGGGCCUGCAAAGCCUGGGCAUCAGACAAGAUGACCUCUAAAGACCCCAUGAUUUUAGGAAGAACUAUGUUGGCAGGCAGGCGGACUUUCCCCACCUGGGUUGCCUACAUUCCCUCCGGCUCUAUUGCACAGAGACGCAAGAGAGUCGUCUCUGCAGCUUCCCUUCCUUCUUUACUAUAGGUCGUGUGAAUCCAAGUCCCAAGUCGGCAUUUUAAGAGACCCAGGACGGAGGGAGGGAGGGGGGAGGGAGGGAGGCUGGCUCUCGGGCGGGUCUCUUUCCCCGCUCCUCCCGCUCCCUGCUCGGUUGCAGCAACCUGUGACGCUUCCCCUCGCUGGUGCUUUAAAUACAGAGAGGAGGAAGGCGGAGGGUCGCAGCGUAGCCAAAGCCUAGCAGCCCUCGGCACGGCGCCGUCGCCUUUCCUUGGUCUCGGGCAACAUGGCGCUCCGCUCUGUCCUCCUCCUGAGCUUCCUGCCGUCGGUCCUGUGGGGCGGCGGCUGCCCCCGCUGGUGCUCCUGCUCUAGGACGGCCCAGGUGGAGUGCUCGGGCGCUGAGGUCACGGAGAUGCCAGCGCCGCUGCCCGGCAAGGCCAUGAGCCUGCAGGUGGUCAACACGCGCCUGGUCGCUCUGGGCCCCACGGCCUUCGGCAACGCCUCGCAGCUGCUCGCCCUGCGGAUGGAGAAGAACCUGCUGGAGCGCCUCAGUCCCCGCGCCUUCCGGGCCCUGGGGGCGCUGCGGUACCUGAGCCUGGCGAGCAACCGGCUGCAGGAGCUGCCGCCCGAAGUCUUCCGGCCGCUGGCCCGGCUGGAGGCGCUGCUGCUGUCGGGGAAUCAGCUGCUCCGUAUUCAGCCGGCCCACUUCGCCGGGCUGAGCGCGCUCAAGGAGCUGCAGCUGCACGGGAACCGCCUGCAGGCCGUGCCCCCGGGCGCCUUCGACCAGCUACCCAAUCUGGCUCGCCUCAACCUAGCCCGCAACCAGCUGGUGCGCCUGCCGCCCCGCCUCUUCACGCCGCUGGCUCGCCUGCAGGUGCUGCGCCUCUACGAGAACCAACUGAGUGAGCUGGCGCCCCGCGCCUUCGGCGGCCUAGGCGAGCUGCAGGAACUGGCCCUCUACCAGAACAGGCUCCGCCAGCUCCCCUCCGGCCUCUUCGCCGGCCCGCGCAGGCUGCAGAAGCUGCUGCUGUCCGGCAACCUCCUGGAGGCGCUGCCCGAAGGGCUCCUGCUGGGCCUGCCCGAGCUCUCGCGGCUCUCGCUCUUCGGAAAUGCCCUACGCGAGCUGCGCCCGGGCACUUUCGGCCCAAUGCCGCAACUGCGAGAGCUCCGGCUGGCCGACAACCAGCUGGCCUCGCUGCCCAGCCACGCUCUGGCCAAUCUCACCGCGCUACAGAUCCUAGUCUUGAGCAAGAACCGCCUCGUCUCGCUCGCGUCCGCUGCUUUCGCCGGUCUCCAGAGCCUGGAGGAGCUCGCCCUGCACUCCAACCGACUGGCCACGCUGGACCGGGAGCUCUUGAGCGGCCUGACUUCGCUGCGGAACCUCUCCUUGCACAGCAAUCGGCUGGCCGCCUUGCCGACGCAUCUCUUCCAGGGGACCCCCGGCCUGCGCGCCCUUCAACUGCAGAACAACUCGCUGGAGGAGCUUCCGGUAGGCAUCUUCGACGGGCUGCCGGAGCUGCGCGACCUCCAAUUGCACUACAACCCCUGGCGUUGCGACCCCGCCCUUCGGUCGCUCCGACGCUGGCUGCGGGAUAACAGGUCCAGGCUCGGCGGGGAAAGCCGCCAUCCCCGCUGCGCCGCCCCGCCUUGGCAGCUGGGCAAGUCCCUGCUGGAGCCAGAAGCCACAACCUUCGAUCCCAAGACUUCCGCACUGCCGGAGGGCUGGAGUACCAUCUGGAGCCGCACCGAGCCCCCUUCGGAGAGUCAGCCGACGCUGGAGACGCUUUCGCCUGAACUCUGGCAGCCGACACUGGAUAGCGAGCCGGGCAACGCAGAGAUCGCGCAUGGGUUCCCGGAGGAGCUCCCCGAAGCGGGGCGAGGGGGAGGCGGGAUUUGGGGCCUGACCCGCACCCAGACAGGUGUCGUAGUCACUUGCCUCGUGGUGGGCUCUGCCUUGCUCCUGGGGAUAGUGCUGGCGGCGGGCGUCUAUGGCUCCAGGCGGAAGCGCUCUGUCCCGGCCAAAGCCUAGUUCCGCCAUGGGCCUGGCUGGGUUCGCGCCGUUUCUUCCAGCACUCACGCCUUCACCCGCUCCACCACGCCAGCCCCGGCACAGGCUCAGCAGCGGACCCGCGCGCCACAGCUCUAGGCGUUACUACCCGACUUUUGCCCCGGGGAUCUGUGCCCAGACGGACGGCGCUGCUUCGCUCGGCGCUUCUUUGAGGCAGGUUGCGCACCUUUGGCCGAGGGACGCCCAGGGCCGGAUUCGCAGCAGGACGGAAGUAGGGACAGUUUGAGGUACUUAGGAAGAGGUGCCAAUCCGGACCCGCACUUUCUUCACGCAGGCCGCAAGUCUGGGCUGUUCGAAGGGGCAGGACCCCCAUGCAAGCCCUCCCGUCUCCAAAAAGGCGCUUGAUUCCUGAACCGUCGAUCUCAAACGGUCGGAGCUUACACGGGUCACCACCGACCAAAGGCCGGCAAAGGGCUUCUGGGGCGGGCUGGGAUGGCCCAGGGGUGGCGCCACUUGCACGUUUCCUAUAGAGGCGCACAGAAAGUCAGCAGAUUCCAUCUAGGGAGGAAGACUCCCCUCCCCCCGACGCCCCGUGGCUGACCAAAUGAGAACCGGCCUGGCAAUUAGCAGUCUCGUCCUAGUUGAGAAAGGCCCGAGGCUCUACCACUGCUUCUCAGGCCAGGACGGCGCUCCAGACUCAUCUGGCUUCCAUAGGAAGAGGACCGGGCUGCGUCUCGGCCCAGUAACCCCGACUGAUUGGAUGUUGCGGAAGGCGAAGCGCCAGUUUCGGGACUACAGCAGACCGGUUCCCCAGGAGCCGAGGACUGAAAGGUUCGCGGGCGCUGCUACGGUGAACGGCCGGCUCCGAGGCGCGGAAAGUUUCCCCAGCAGCGGUUCGUGACGCUCGAAUGCGUUUUGCAUUUCUGGGGAACACGGAAUCCGACAGACAUUCCGCCAGUGAACCCGGAAAGGCUGAGACAGGCGGGACGCGCCUUCUCCGGCGCCCCAGCCUGGCAGUUCCGCCGGCUAAGAGUGGCCCGCAACGACUGUAGCGCCUUCGCGGCAGGAGACUUGGUUCGGGUGGGGGACGGGGGCAGCUCUGGGAGGGAGCAGACGAGCCUGGUAGAGCGGCUGUGGAUAGUGCCCGGGCCUAUUAAAGCUGCUCUUCUCGCUUCAUCUGACGCCCACCCCUUUUCUGCAUUGCCUUCCCCGACCUGGCCCCGCGCGUUAAAAACGUCCUCUUCUCCUGAGCCCAGGUGGGGGAUGGGAGGGGGACAGAGGGACUCAGAAGUCGCCCAAGAAACUCAGCACAGCAUUAAGUUGGACUGCUGGUUGGGUGGGUGACUGGGGGUGUGUGUUUUCAGAUAGCAAGCACCCCAAUUUUCCCUCUCCUCUGGGCCAGCUUGAACGUCUUUAUCCAGCACAUGGAUAAUGCCAGGAGAUGCACUUAUGCCCCCAACUACCCCCCUCCCAUGGCUGCCAAGCCUGGCUGAGAGUUUGGCCUCAAACUCAAGGUCUUGGUGUGUACACCUCCGCCUGCCCCACCCCCGCAGUCAAAUCAAUCUCAGCUGCAGCUUCACCUGGUUCACACCUCAUAAAAGUUAAAUCAAGUGAGUCCCCAGCAGCGGCUCUUUUUCCUAUGAAGAGCAGCACCAACCUUCACCACCACCACCACCCCGCCCACGCGCUUCACAGCAUGACUAGCACUGCCCAGCCAGAAUGGCCACUGGACAGAGCUGGGCAAGGUGGGGUGUCUACAGCGGAAGAGUGCCUGGGAGAAUCCACUCGCCCACCCAUCAGGGAUGGCUCUGGGGCUGCCCGCCAUCCCUGAGUCUGGGGGGGCCACAGCAGUUCCAGGAAGGAGAGAGCCCCCUGCAGUGCAGGGAGGCCAGCACAAAGUUCCAAACCCAGGAAGAAGAGGUGUGUGCGUGUGUUUCCUGUGUUGCCAGUGGCAGAAGAGACUCUUUCCUCUGUAAAGCAGGAAGCAACCAAGGGAGAUCUGUGUUGGGAAGCCCAAAUCACUCAGCCUGCCCCUCUGGACUGGGAUGAACAUCAGAACAACCCACAGACCCCAGGAGAUAAAGUGGGGAGUUGAAAGGGGAGGAAGGAGGAAGGGCCCAUUACUUCUAAGCUGCUUUAGGCUCUCCUGUAGAACACUCCCCCACCCCAUUUUCCCACUCUUCCAGCAAGAAAGAAAACAUGGAAACAACUACACCCACCAAAAGACACUCCUCCCCCAUUCCUAUACUCGUUUCUGGCCCUGG